AUGUUUUCAUCACUUUUUGGUACAAAAUAGCUGACUCCUUAAGAAUAAAAAAUAAUAAACAGCUAACCUUAUAAAGCUCUUUUAACUGAAGAUGAGAGAAAAGGAUACAUUAAAGCUACUUUGAACGAAACAUAAAUUUACAAGAAAUGCUCUCUUCAACCUAUAAUAGAAGAUGUUAAAAUAAGAUUAGAUGGUAGCAACUAAGAUCUAUUUAUACACACAAUAAAAUACCCAAGAAAAUAAACUCAAUAAUAAUCAAAUGAAAUUCCAAGUAUUUUAUGCUUACAUGGUUACGGUGGUACAAGUUUAAGUUACUACAAGUUGAGUUCUCUCUUUUAAGAUAGUUUUGAUACAUAUACCAUCGAUUUCUUAGGAAUGGGACUUUCAUCUCAUCAUGAAUUUCACUACACUACAAUCAAUGAAUGUAUAGAAUAUUUUGUUUAGAGUAUCGAAAAAUGGAGAAUAGCUAAAGGAAUAAACAAAUUAAUUAUAGUUGGUCACUCAUUUGGUGGUUACAUGGGUUUUAAUUAUGCAAUAAGACAUUAAUAAAGAGUAGUUAAACUGUUUUUAGUUAGUCCUCUUGGAGGUACUAAGCGUACAUAAGAAGAAGUAGAUCUUUGGUUCAAAAAGAGGCAGGAGGAAAGUGGCUAUAUUUAAUCAUAAUUUUUUAAUUACUUCUAAAGUGCUUGGCAUGAAAAAAAGACUAUUUCUAGAUUCUUUAAAAUGCCUCUUGUCCCUACCUAUUUUAUGUUAAAUAACUAUCUAAAAAAAAGAUUAUAAAUUGAAGAAAACUUACGAUCUGACUGGUAUGAUUAUAUGACAGGAUUAAUUGAAUUACCUGAUAGCAGCGAUAAGGCGAUUUUUUAUUUAUUAAGAUUCCCAAGGAUGUCUGCUAUCCACUCAAUUGAAGAAAUUCUUAGUUAUGAAAUAAAAGAAAUGAAAAAAUAAUUUGAUUUUCACAUUCAUUUUAUGUAUGGCGAUAAAGAUUGGAUGUGUUCUGAUGGUGCAAAAAGGAUUGUUGAAGCUAAACUAACUCCUUCUUCAUUUAUUGUUAUUAAUGACUCUACUCAUAAUAUAGUUUACGAUUAACCUAAGCAAAUUCAUUCAUAUAUAAUGAACAACAUAAAUUGA